AUGAAGGCGCUCGAGGGAAAGAAUGUCGACCUGCUCAAGAAAAACACUGAACUGACCAAACAGAACAGUGAACUGCUUGAGGAAAACACAGAGCUGACCAAGCUGAAUGAUGAACUGCUCGAGCAUAAAGCCACGCUGACCGAGGAGCUAUUGGAAAGUCGGGGCGCCUUGAAGAAAUCCAAUGAAGAUAAAGAAAAAUUCAGGGAGAGUGCCAAACUUAACCACCAACAAUCCAAACAGCUUGAGCUCGAUCUGAUUGCAAGCAGGAAUGAGACGGAGGAGCUGGAAAGGCGCAUUGCUUCUCCGUAUGUGGUGGAGUUCUUAAAGGGGAAGAGACGAUCUAGUUUUUCUAGUCGUCUCUACGACAUGAAGAGGAACUUCUUGGCUCUGUCUGUAGUCAAGUUUCAUUAG